CUUAAAAUGGUUUCCUGUUGUUGCUAAGGGCCUUGUGUGUUUGUGUAGGUGGCCAUCAUGCAAUGAAUGCAUUCAGGUUGUCAAUACCACACCUACGAAAACUACCUACGACACGGCCGUGGCUCCACUGAUGCAAAAUGAAACUGGGAAGUGCCGUCUUCCUGUAGUUUCCUGCCGGGUGCACUCGUACAACUUUACAUUCACACACUUGUAUGUAUGGGCCCCACGCACGCGCCGUUGACGCCACUCUCGCAUCACGUAGCGGUGACUGCCAGUGGAAAAGAAAAUUUCAUUACUCACACACCAGUUUCUGCAGCUUUCCAGCUGUACACAAGUGGUUUUCCUGUGUCCUCAGGGAUAUGUAUAAAAAGGUAAGCAACACAACUGUCUGCAUUUCCAGUAAAUCUUCAGAAAAGCCACCUUUGGUGAUCUGGUACCUGCAGCACUCUCUGACAAUAUGAAGCUGAUUGUUUUUUGCCUUUUUGCAUUCUGCUGCUGCUCCUCGGCAGGGUCAGUGACAAAUGGGAUUGGAAGAUCACAGGAGAGCCGUAAAUUACAAGAAGUCCUGAGACAUCUGAAGGAUAUGAAAGCAAGUCUGCAGCAGAGCGAGCAGCUGCUGAACACCCCACCACAGAACAUCGAGGACUGCUGCUGUCUGUCAGCCUUGCAGUGCUUUCGGGAUAACCUGCCAGGGCAAGUCAACGGUGCAGAGAGAAAGCGAGUCAGACUUUUCAAGAGCCUUAAUAAGUCUCUGACUAUGAAAGGUCUGAAGUUCUGUGAUUCAGAGAAUGCAACGUCCACCUGCCAAGCCUGCGCCUCGCACCCCAAACAAAACACGACAAUAUUCUUCAACAGACUGGAGACUCUUGUUCAACGGGCCAUAACCAGACUGAGUACGAACUGAGCAAAGACGAGGAUCAAGACUGAAUGUAAUGAAGACACUAUGCUGAUGAAUGUUUAGACAGUUAUUGUCUUUUAAAUAUUUAACUUAUUCAAUAUUUAUUCAGUUUGUUGUGGUUAACAUACUCAAGCUAUACAAGUUGUGUUCUUAAGAGCUGCUUUGCUGCCACCUGGUGGAUCUGACUCUUUAGUUAUGUGUGUUUCUUUUUUCCUUUUUCACUGAGAGUGAAAGUUAAUUUAUCUGUAGUUCUCAAAGAAUUCAAAGUAUUUAAUGACGUUUAUACUAUGUAUGAUGUGACAUAACUCAGAAUAUAUUUAA